UUUUUGAUCAUCAAAACAGACCUUUAUUCAUAUCAAAAGAUUUAGGAUCGUUACAUCAAGCAAAGGGAAAAUAAAACUGACACCCACUAAAACUCCAACAACUACGACUGUAACCCUAUAGUGAGACUUUGAGAUGGCCACCCCUGAAAGAGCAACACGAAUCGCUAACCAUGUAGUGGGCUUAACACAGCCAAACAUGUUCCUAUAGAUCCAACCAUACCCAAUGACAUAAAGAGAGCUUAAAAACUCAAACAAAUUGUCAAAACCAACAACAAAAAUGAACACAAGAAAAUAAAUGACAAACAGAUAAACAUUACUAAGAAAACUUUCACGGAUUCUAGCACCUUGUACAACUCAUGAUGGUGGUUCAGGCGGAGGUCGGACCGUCGCUCGAUUGAUACCCCUUUCAGUGGCGUACCCGCCGUAUGACCCAAAUUCAUGCCAUCGAAUGGAGCGUUCAGCCUCUCCAUGCUAACCAUGUCCCAAUCAUCCCUAUGUAUCUCUCUCGCUUCUUCCACCAUCUUCUCACUGUCACGAUCAUCCAUCCCGAACUACGUCCAAACCACGACAAUUCGGCACAGAACUGCGUCGAUUGAAAGAAACGUCGUACCAGGGCGGCGAAUUAAAAACCCUACGCGAAAGAUCUCGCUAGGGAAAUACUGACCGAACUUCUAUCAAGAAAGAUCCAAAUCUGAAAUAAUGUAGCGGCGGCUAUGCCCUGGGAGGAAUGUCGUAAUUCGCACAGAUGCUUACUUAUGAAGCAUUCGCUUUUCUCAAUUCUUUUUUCUUUAAAAAAUAGGAAAAGAAAAAGACAAUACCUCGUCUUUGGAUUUCCCUGUUCUCAAUUUCUCAUUCGAACUUUUCUUUUAUCCCAUUUUCCCACUGUCGUUUUGAAAAGUCUCCAUUACUCUUCUUCUCUCACUUUCUUUCCAUCCAUAAGUCCAAUUUUUGUGGCUAUUUUCUGGCGCUGAUCUGGCAACUUUCCUCUCUCAGAAUCUCAGGUUGAUUUUUGGGUUUUCUUCAAAGUUCUUGGGGAAAUGAUCACAUGUUUGGAGGGAAUGGUGGGAAUUUGUUUGUGCAAUCAGGGACGCUUUUGAAUUUAUUUGGACAAAAGUUAAAUUUUUAUUGGACUUUUGGAAAUAUGAAACAGAAAAGAACUGGGGCAAAGGGUUAUUGAAAUAGGAGAUUCUGGUUUAAAAUUUUGAUUGUUGACUUUUCUGUUUUUGCUGAUCAUGGACUCAUGGUUGACAAAAAAAACUUAGCCUCUGUUGAUCUUAUAAUCACUUUUAGAUGUGAUUAUAAGAUUUCAGAAUCAAACAAUGAUUUCAUUGUGAUUAAUAGAAUUAGUUUCAUUUUUUUUAUUUUCCUGACUUGUUUGAUUUUAGCAUCACACAAUGAUUCCAUUGUGAUAUGAGGAAUCAUACCACCAUGUUUGCUAUAAUGGAAGAUUCCAUUUUUACAUUCUCUCAAGGAACACUGAUAUCUGAUUAUCUGAGGAAUCUUAUGAAUCAACAUAACUGAUCUUUCUGUUUCAGGGUAACAACUUCUUGAUUAUUAGAUUGGACAAAGAAGCACAAAGCUGUCUGUUUAUUAAAUGGCUCCUGGAGGCAAGAACUACCAGGAAACUGUAAUUCCCUGUCAUUCAUAUGGGGAUUACGGUAUUGCCCCUGAAACUUCUGGAUUUAAAGGCUCCUCUCCUCUUAGAAAGUCUGCAGCUGUUGCUAGUGGGAAGAAUGGAAUCGGAUCCAAUAGUGCGGUUCAUGAACUACUGGAGUGCCCUGUUUGUUUGGAUAUGAUGUACCCACCUAUUAACCAGUGUCCCAAUGGCCAUACAUUAUGCCAAAAGUGCAGGUCAAAGGUACAAUUGUGCCCUAUAUGCCGCCAUGAUAUUGGAAACAUUAGGUGUUUGGCGUUAGAGAAAAUUGCGGUAUCACUGGAACUGCCUUGUAAAUAUCAGAUGUUUGGUUGUCAAGAUAUAUUUCCUUACCAUAGCAGGCUGAAGCAUCAGCAGAACUGCAAGUUCCGCCAUUAUAACUGUCCUUAUGCAGGCUCUGAUUGUCCUGUUAUGGGAGAUAUUCAGUUCCUUGUAACACACCUUAAAAAUGACCACUCGGUUGACAUGCACGACGGCUGUACCUUCAAACACAGAUAUGUCAAAACCAAUCCUCAAGAUGUUGAAAAUGCCACAUGGAUGUUUACAGUCUUCAACUGUUUCGGUCACCAAUUCUGCUUGCACUUUGAGGCGUUCAACAUAGGAAUAUCACCUGUAUACAUGGCAUUCCUCCGUUUCAUGGGUGACGAGGAGGAUGCAAGGAAGUUCAGCUAUAGCCUUGAAGUUGGUGGCCCCGGAAGAAAAUUAACAUGGCAAGGUGUGCCAAGGAGCAUACGCGAAAGCCAUAAAACUGUACGGGAAAGGUUUGAUGGGCUGAUAAUUCAGAGAAGCAUGGCCCUCUUUUUCUCUGGUGGAGAUAGGAAGGAGCUGAAGCUGAAGGUUGCCGGUCGGAUAUGGAGAGAGCAACGGUUAUAAUCAUCAGAAUAUGUGUACACAUUUCCUUACUUCCUCUGUAGCUGUAACUCAUCACACUAGUAGUUACUUAACAGCUGAUGGCUUGUGUAGGGUUUUCUUCUUUAUUUUAUUUUCUUCUGUACCACAUAAGGUGUAUAGAUAGAGGCCUCAAUCAGGUCUUGUACAAACUUCUCUUUUCAGAAGUUUUUUAUUUUAAUCAUCACAAGUGUUCAGAGUCCUGAGUCUCCUGACCAUGGCCUUACGCCCUUAAAGUUAACAGUCUGUGUUGACCUCUACUAAAAACAUCAUUUAUUGGAUGGUUUGAUAUCAUUUUUUGAUGUCAUAAAUGAUUGAAUUUCUUAAAAGUA